UAUAAAUCAAGAGAGGUCGUCGUCUAAGUAUCAACUCCUCUGACCUCUCACACUCACAUACAGAGAAUAUGGACACACACAGUUCUGCUUCUACUUCUUCUUUGCUAUCCCUUCUCCUUCUUACUCUCCUCCUCGUCUUGGGUUCUCUUCCAUCUCCCACUCUUUCCACCUCUGAGCGCUGCCACCCAGAUGAUAAAAGAGCUCUCCUAAACAUCAAGAAAGCUGUCACCAUUCCUGACCACCUUGCCUCCUGGAAUGCCAGCAAUGACUGCUGUUACUGGGACUACGUCGAAUGCCACACUGAAACCAAUCGCAUCUACCGACUCCUCAUGUACGACACCAGCAUCCACCGCCCAAUCCCGCCGUCCGUCGGAGACCUUCCCUACCUCGAAGCCCUUGUCUUCAAUAACAUCAACAACCUCACCGGCCCCAUCCCCUACUCCAUCACCAAGCUUCAGAACCUCAAGAUGCUAAGUAUCAUCUGGACCCCUCUCUCUGGCCGCAUCCCCGAUUUCCUUGGUCAACUCAAAAGCCUCGAGUACCUCGAUCUGUCCCACAAUCAGUUCUCUGGUUCUAUCCCCGCUUCCCUUGCCAAUCUCCAGAACUUGACAGGUAUUCAACUGGCAGCGAACAGACUCUCCGGAAGCAUACCCGACUCAUUUGGUAGGUUCAAGGACAACUUAUAUGUAUUCGUCCUCUCUCGAAACAUGCUUUCCGGCAAGAUUCCCAAGUCGUUAAGCCAAUUGGACUGUGAUUCGAUCGACUUAUCUCAUAAUAAACUGGUAGGUGACGCGUCGAUGCUGUUCAGGGAGAAUUCAACGGUUAGGGGGCUCGAUUUGUCGUUUAAUCGACUGGACUUUGAUCUAUCAAAUGUGAAGUUUCCGAAAAACCUGACGUUCUUGGACUUGUCACACAACAGAAUUAGGGGAAGUAUUCCUCAGCAGGUCACAGAAUUGGAUCUGUGGAGGAUGGAUUUCAGUUACAAUCGGUUGUGUGGAAGGAUCCCAGUUGGCGGAAAGUUGCAGCAGUUCAGCUAUGAGUCAUUUAUCCAAAAUCGCUGUUUGUGUGGUACGCCGCUGUCCGACUGCAGGUAAUCGGGUUGGUCGGCCGGCGAUGGCAUGAAUGAAGGCUACAAAGUUUGAAUUUUCUGGUGUAUGGGUUUUUUUUUCAUUUGUUUAGAAAUUAUUAGGUGUGAGCAUAUGUCUGUUCGAUUCGGUUUGAUGAGAGAACCCAGAACCUAUCCUAUAGGGGUUGGUUGUAGGUUUUUGGAAUCCGAACUUAUUCCGUGAAGGUCGGUUUUGGUCUUGGCUGUUCUAGGGUCGGUUUCAAGAUCUAUUCGUUCUUUC